AUGGUGUGAUCACUGAGAGUCAAUAGCUCUUAACUGAAACUGAACCUCUCACCCUAACAGCAGUGGUUUUCCGUUGGUGGGGGUGUUCUGAGGGCAGUUUUUUUAUUUCUGGUGAGAGAGGGUGAUGCUGUUCUCCGUUCACUGGGAAUGUAAUGACUGAGGAUUCAACUCUCAGCCCUCCAGCUGGACUCUGCUGCUCUGCUCACUGUGUGGGGUUUCAACAAGGACACAAACACACCUGACAGCUGAGCUCUCCCUGGUUGCCAUUUCACGGACCAGUCUUCGACAUAACCAUGAGGGUCUUCCUCCUGCUUUGCCUGCUGGCACUAGGCAAUGCCAAGCCCUACCGCCCAAUCAAUACCCUGGAUUUCAUGAAAAACUAUGACGUCAUGAUGGCUGAUUCGGGUGAUGAAGAUGACGACGACGACAAUGAGGAUGACGACGAUGAUGAUGACGACGAUUAUGACGAAGACGAGAACUGUCCGUCUGGUUGCCGUUGCUCACCAAGAGUGGUGCAGUGCUCAGACAUGGGUCAGAUUGCUGUUCCUGACAAGAUUCCUGAAGACACUGUGAUACUAGACCUCCAAAACAAUGAUAUUACAGAGAUCAAGGAGAACGACUUUAAAGGCCUCCACAAGCUUUAUGGCCUGUUUCUGAUCAACAACAAGAUCUCCAAGAUUCACCCCAAGGCUUUUAGAAACAUGGACCAUCUCAGACUGCUGUACCUCUCCUACAACCUGCUGACUGAGAUCCCAGCAAACCUGCCUCCCAACGUCAUUGAGCUACGCUUCCAUGAAAACAAGAUCAACAAAAUCCAGACGGACGCGUUUAAAGGCCUGAUGAAACUAAAUGUGCUAGAGCUGGGUGCCAACCCGCUGGCCAACAGUGGGAUUGCCCUGGGAGCUUUUAACGGCUUGUCGACCCUGUAUAUCGGUAUGGCAGAGGCCAAACUAACCGCUGUACCAAAAGACCUCCCAUCCUCCAUCACAGAGCUGAGCCUGGACUACAACAAGAUCUCUAAGGUGGAAAUAGAAGACUUCAUCAGAUAUAAAAACCUAAAGAGGCUAGGACUUGGUUUUAACCAGGUUAAGUUUGUAGAAAAUGGCAGCUUAGCCAGCAUCCCGAGCAUCCGUGAGAUCCACCUGGACAACAACCGUCUGAAAAAGGUUCCACCGAAUCUCAGCUCCCUGCGCUACCUCCAGGUGAUUUACCUCCAUGGCAACAGAAUCAGCACUGUGGGAGUCAACGAUUUCUGUCCCAUCAGGCCCGAUGUCAAGAAGAACCUGUACACAGGCAUCAGUCUGUUUGCCAAUCCUGUUAAAUACUGGGACAUCCAGCCGGCCACCUUUCGCUGUGUGACCGGACGGAGGGGCGUCCAGCUAGGAAACUUCAGAAAAUAGGGAGUGAAAACAGCUCAAGACAGCACAGAAAUGGAGAACUGCCAUUGUCCUGGUACAGUAUAAGGAAGGAGAUGCAAAUAGUUCUGAUGAAUAAAACAAGAUUCCUACUGUCAGCUGUUCAAGAAAGCUAUAGUACAUGUUGAAUGGUAGUAUAAUUUAGGUCUACACAUAAAAGUUCUCGGCCAGGGGAAAAAAUGUAACUAGAAACUAAAUUCUAGUCUGGAUGUUGGUGCUUGAUGAAUAUUAAAUCUUAAGAUACAAGACUAAGAAAAUGUUUUUAGUAGCUACAGACAGUAUACAGAGGGGAGACGUACAGGGGGAUGACAUACAGCAAUAACAGCAGAACCUUCCUACCUACCUACCUACCUUUGUGAGGUCUAUUCUGUGAGGUGAUCCUUAGCUUUUGUCCCUCAACCUUCACUGUGUAAACGUUCCCAAGAAUAAAGCGCCACCAUCUGGUCACUCUUUGAGCAAAACCACCCAAUGACCUGACUUUAGUAUGAAAUGCUGCUGAUGCCUUUUUUCCCCCUUUUUAACAAAAAGAGAUUUUUAGUUAUUUUCUUUUAAAAAGAAGACAUCUUUUAAUAAGACCAAAUUUAAGUUGUCUUUUAAACUACAAACUGAAUAUUUUAAUCCUCUUUUUCAAUUUCCUUAUGUAUUAUAUGAAUGCUUUUUUUAAGUUGAGACAUUGUAAUCAUUAUAGAAGAGUCACUAUAGGCCAGAGCUGUAACACAACAGCAACCUAAAAACCACUUUCACUUAAACAUAUUUUCCUUCCAGCAGAAGUCUGUACAGUCAAUGAAUGACUGGCAUUAUUUAGUGCAAUAAGUCACUUUGAUGCCCCAUGUCUGUCUUUAUGUGGAUUUUUUAUAAUUAUCCCACUACAUGUCUGUAUUGUCUUUAUUUAGAAACAAGCAACAUGUCAGACUGGAUUAUAUAUUGUUUUUAUGUAAACCCGAAACAUUAAUUUUUUUUAAUGAACUAUAGCUAACAAAGGGAACGUCACUUAUUGAAAUUAUAAGCAGGCAAUGUAAUUCCCAACCUGAAACGUCAGUGUAUCUUUCUUGCAAACAUGUUCCGUUUCCUCCAGUGCUCUCUCCUAUGAAAUGGUGCUAUAUUUAUUUAGUAUGUCUUAAAAUAAACCUGGAACCCUUCUCCA